AAAACCACAAUGUCUGUCUCCACGACACCAUGUCAUAUGCGCUUGUUCUCCCUUCUCUUCACUCUUCACUCCACUGAGAUCCACAAACUUCAAAGAUUCAUUCAUUCAUUCAUCUCAAGUUAAUCACAUUGCCGACAUUUUAUUAACCUCAAAUCAAACAUUAUGUCAGAGAUUCAAGAAGGUGUUUUUGUUGUUGAAAUGGAGAACUCAGAAGAAGAAGAGAGAUUAAGAAGGUCGAGAAUUAGAACACUAAAGAAGAAAGCAAUAAAUGCUUCAUGUAGAUUCACUCAUUCGAUUAAGAAAACAAGAGGGAAGAGAAGAAUUGAUUACAGGUUUCCGAUUGAAGAUGUUCGAGACGAACAAGAGGAAUCAGCUGUGUUUCAAUUGCGUGGUAGAUUGAUUCAUAUGCCUCCUAACCAUGACCAUUAUCACACAUUGCUAAGGUUUUUGAAAGCUAGGGAUUUUGAUACUGAGAAGACGAUUCAGAUGUGGGAAGAUAUGGUUCUUUGGAGGAAACAGUAUGGAACUGAUACAAUCCUUCAGGAUUUUGAAUUUGAAGAGGUGGAAGAAGUACUGCAAUAUUAUCCUCAAGGUUAUCAUGGAGUGGAUAAGGAAGGUCGGCCGGUUUACAUCGAGAGGCUUGGGAAAGCUUAUCCUAGCCGCUUGAUGCGGAUAACCACGAUGGAUCGAUAUUUAAAAUACCAUGUUCAGGAGUUCGAGAGAGCUUUACAUGAGAAAUUCCCGGCGUGUUCCAUUGCAUCGAAGAGAUGGAUUUCUUCAACCACGACAAUAUUAGAUGUAAACGGCUUGGGAAUGAAGAAUUUCUCGCCUACUGCUGCGAAUCUGUUGGCAGCUAUCACAAAAAUAGAUAACAGUUACUACCCUGAGACGUUAAAUCGAAUGUAUAUCGUCAAUGCUGGUCCCGGAUUUAGAAAGAUGGUUUGGCCUGCUGCUCAGAAGUUUCUUGAUGCCAAAACUAUUGCAAAGAUACAGGUUCUUGAACCAAAGUCCUUAUCUAAAUUACAUGAUAUCAUUGAUUCUAGUCAGUUACCGGAUUUUUUGGGUGGCUCGUGUAAAUGUCCUGGAGAAGGUGGAUGUCUCAGGUCUGGCAAGGGGCCAUGGAAUGAUCCUCAUAUAAUGAAGUUGGUUCAUAAUGUGGAGGCCACGUUUGUGAGACAAAUCCCCAAAGUUUCCGAUGAACAGCAUAAAAUUGAGCAUUUUCCUACCCAUCUAGAGAAGGGAAGAAGUAGUGAUAUAUCAACGGCGGAAUCUUGCUUAGAAAUUAAUGAUUCUUACUCACCAACUAGGCAAAGGAAACUUACAUGUCCUCGUUUAUCUUCAGUUCAUGAAGUUAGCAUAUCAGAUAGCAACGAUAGUGGUAAUGAUAGUGCUCCUGCAGCAGAAAAAUUUCUCAAAAGUGAUAAAUUUCAAUUUUCCCGGGAACACUCAUUGCGAAAUGAUGAUAUGGAGAACAUCACUUGUACAGAAAGUUUCAGAGGAGCUUCGGUCAGAAAUUGGUUCGGCUUUGCUAAGGAAAGAGUGGAGAGAACAACAUUCAUAUAUCUGUCAAGUUUGCUGAUAUAUCUUUUUGAAAGACUAGAUAUAUUCUUCCAUAGUUUAAGAUUAGAAUUUCGGAGAACACAGAACAAUAUUAUUGUGGAACAUACCGUCAGUAACCUUACAGAAGAUGUCGAAAGCGAAACACUCUCUAAAGUGGAUCAUAUUCUUCCAUGUAUACAACGUUUAGAGAAAUUAGAAAAAGCAAUUGAGGAACUUCGACAUAAACCUGCUGAUAUACCUGUAGAAAAAGGGAAGAUGCUUAUGAGCUCUUUGGAUAGGAUUAAAUCGGUCGAGUUUGACCUUGAAAAUACUAAGAAGGUGCUACAUGAUACAGUGAUGAAACAAGUUGAGAUUACAGAGCUAAUGGAGAAUUUGAAGGCAUCAAAACAUCAAAAAAGAAGGCUAUUUUGUUUAAGAUGAGGAGGUAUUAUCAGUCCCUCUGAAGAUUACACAAUUCAAUUAUGAAGAGUUACUGUCGGUAGAGAGAAACAGACAUGGGAAUGAGACAGUCCUGUUUGUUUUAUGAUACAUAGUAUAGUGUAGUGUUUUUUUCCCUUCAAAUAGUUUACUUCAUUUUCAGGCAUAGUUAGAUAGAUGACUUAAACUCUAAACUAUAAUGUUUUAUCUAAACAAAAGUGUAACAGACACUCAAUUAUGAAAAUGUGUUCAUAAUAUAUUUAAGUAAAACAUAUUUCCUUAAUUCA